GGGGUUUGUGCGCGCCGCGAUGCGGCGGUGACUCCCCAGCGCUACGUUACGCUACUGCUAGUUAAUAUGUGGGGAUGUUCUGGUUUUAGCUCUCGGCUCUCCUUGCUCUCGAUAAAGUGCUUGAAGUUACCUUGGUCUAAAUGGCAGUUUACAAAAAGGAAAGUAAAAAUCACUGAGGCGGCCCUGUCAGUUCCUGCAGACCGUGCCAUCGCCGUGGGAGGGCUGCGUUUAGUGACGCGGUCAGGAUGUUCCUCGUAAAGUGCUUCCCGUUACAAAAGCAGCAUUUCGUAACUGCGCUGCAGCGCAAAGUAACUUUCUAGCAGCACGAUUGCUGUAUUUUCUGUCACUCCUCUGAUUAAUGCGAGCUGUCCGGUGCUGUGCGUGCUUCUCCUCCGCGUUUGAACCUGCCUUUCUUUAGAAUCCUCUUAGCUUAUAUUGAUUACUGCACACGUAAGGAACACAGUGUAUUAAGUUAUCUCAGCAACCAUGCUGGCUGCCAGGCUGGUGUGCCUGAGGGCCCUGCCAUGCCAGACCAUCCGCCCCACCAUCACUCAGGCUUCCCCAGCCUUGAGGAGCUCCAGUAUAAAAGCAUACAGGCUGUGGCAGCCUAGCCAGAGUUAUGCCACCAGAGUAAGAACGAGUGCAAGGCGUGGAAAACUUGGCCAGGAAGUGAAAGAAGCAGCAUUUGAACCAUCUGCAGAAACUGCACUUAAAGCUGAUCGCCUGGGGAAAUUCAUUGUUGCGGGAGGGGCUGCUGUUGGCCUGGGAGCCCUGUGCUACUAUGGGAUGGGCAUGUCCAGUGAGAUAGGAGCUAUCGAAAGGGCUGCUAUUUGGCCACAGUAUGUGAAAGACAGAAUUCAGACUACAUACAUGUACUUUGCGGGCAGCAUUGGCAUGACAGCUCUGUCUGCUGCAGCAGUGAGCAGAUCUCCUGCACUCAUGAACCUCAUGACAAAGGGCUCCUGGCUGGCAAUUGGUGCAACUUUUGCAGCCAUGAUUGGUGCUGGAAUGUUGGUCAGGGGCAUAUCCUAUGAACAUAAUCCAGUAGCUAAACAUGCAGCAUGGAUGAUGCAUUCAGGUGUCAUGGGUGCAGUGGUGGCUCCUCUGGCCUUCCUUGGUGGUCCUCUGCUGAUCAGAGCGGCCUGGUACACUGCUGGAAUCGUCGGGGGACUCUCAACUGUGGCCAUGUGUGCUCCAAGUGAAAAAUUCCUGAACAUGGGAGGACCACUUGGCAUAGGCUUAGGCUUUGUUAUUGCUUCUUCAAUCGGAUCCAUGUUCCUGCCUCCCACCUCUGCUUUUGGCGCGGGCCUGUAUUCGGUAGCGGUCUAUGGUGGCCUGGUGCUGUUUGGCAUGUUCCUGCUCUAUGAUACACAGCUGGUGGUCAGACGGGCUGAAACUCUGCCCGUCUACGGCGUGCCUAGAUACGACCCCAUCAAUGCAUGCCUGGGUAUCUACACGGAUACACUGAACAUCUUCAUCCGAGUGGCCACCAUGCUUGCAGGUGGUGGAGGAGGCAGGAAAAAGUAAAGAGAGACUCACCUUUGCAACUGUCUGACAGCCUUCCUAGUGCACAUAUUAAAUAAACAUUCGUGGUUUAAGCAGUGAUGCUCAAAGUGAGAAUUUUAAAGCAUUUCAGCAUAUUGGUUCAGAGCAAUGUGAUUCAGUCUUAGUUUUUCUUCAAACACUUUCCAGCUCUGUGUUUAAAAUAGUCUGAACUGCUUCUAAUUGUACAUUAUUUUGGGAAAGUAAAUUAUUUUUAAUAUAUGAAUAAAAUAGUCCUACCUGCUUUUUAACAGGUUUGAUGGCAGUUCAGCUCUUACUUUCUUUUUUUUUUAAUGCUAUUGCAUAGUAAAGGAAGUAAUUUUUGAACUGGUAUCCUAUAGGCAGAUAGGGAUACAAGCUACUUCAUGAAAUGCUGCUUAGAUGCAUCAAUUUUCAGUUAAGUUUCAUAAAUUUUAUUGUAGUGACAUCUUCAGAAGAACUGAAUAAAUUGCAUAUGGCCCUGAAUGCAAUCAUGACUGUGACCUGGGCAAAAAUUUCAAAAAAGUUUAAGCAGGAUUUGACAGGUUAGCUGACCAAAAAGUAUAAAGGAGACAAGAUGUGGGAGCUAUGCAGCAUUUGUCCCAUGUGAGCUUCAGUCUCCUUCUGGAGCACACAUGAGAAUUCCUUGCUUUAAUGUUGACUGGCUAUAGUAGCUAGUUUAUUUCGAUACUAGAUUUGUAAAACUGUUGAAUGGCAAUAUAGCUGUGUCUUUAUUCUGGUGGCUAAAUUCCUGUACUGCAGAUGAAGGUCUGUCCAGAAGAGCUCCUAGUGCUCAUCUCUUGGAAGCUUGUGCAAUUGGCACAGAAACUGGGAAUUGAAGAUGGCAUGCUGUAAACCCCAGGAUCAUAAAUUUGCCGUAGUGUUACGUGCUUUAGUUUGUAAAGUUUAGUUUGUAACUUCCUCUAAUUGAUAUGUUAAACUUGGUCUAAAAGGAAUGUUCCCUAACAAUGAAAUUUAUUUAACAGUAAGAAAUUUAUACUUUCCAGACUCCAUUGCUGUAUAUUGGAAUAAAAGGGGAGUUCUUGGGCCAUGAAAAUUUUGACCUAAUGUCAGCAGCUCAUAUUUUCAGUCUGGUAAAUGUUACAUUUAUGUAUUGACUUAUGAACAAUAAAAUUCUAGCCUCACAA